CGCGGAAGCAAAUCUAGAGUGGGAGGUUUCUGUCAUUUUAGAAACUUCUUGAUCACACUUCCUAGAGCCCAGAGUAAAUAAGCUGAUUAGUCUUGGGAGAUGGCCGGAGAGACAGAAGAUGAGAUCCCUGAAUCCGGGGCUGUCUUCACUUUUGGAAAAAGUAAAUUCGCAGAUAAUGCCCCCAGUAAAUUCUGGUUAAAAAAUGAUGUACCUUUGAGAAUUUCCUGUGGAGAUGAGCACACAGCACUGGUAACAGAAAAUGGGAAGCUGUUUAUGUUUGGCAGCAAUAACUGGGGACAGCUGGGCCUCGGAACAAAAACCACUGUGAAUAAACCCACUUGUGUGAAAGCUCUAAAAUCAGAAAGUGUGAAGCUCGCAGCCUGUGGAAGAACUCACACACUUGUUUAUACAUCUCGUGGUAACCUGUAUGCCUCUGGAGGGAAUAAUGAAGGACAGCUUGGUCUUGGUGACUGCGAUGACAGAGUCUCCUUCCACCUGGUGGACUUCUUCAGCAAACAUGGGCCAAUCAAAAUGCUCGCUGCUGGUUCCAAUACAUCUGCUGCCCUGACGCAGGAUGGCAGGCUCUAUAUGUGGGGCGAUAACUCUGAGGGCCAGAUUGGGUUAGGGAAGGAGAGUAACGCUCUUACUCCUCAGGAGGUUUCUGUGGGGAAACGAGUGUCCUGGAUGUCCUGUGGAUAUUAUCAUUCUGCCUUUGUUACCGUGGAUGGGGCCUUGUUCACAUUUGGAGAAAAGGACAGUGGAAAGCUGGGCUUGUCCACAGAGAAGCUGGCCAAUCAUAAAGUACCUCAACAGGUGACCAACAUCCCUGAUAAGGUAGUACAGGUGUCCUGUGGAGGAGGGCACACGGUGGCGCUUACGGAGCACGAGGUGUAUUCGUUUGGCCUGGGUCAGUUUGGACAGCUUGGUCACGGCACUUUCAUAUUUGAGUCUCGUUUACCCAGAGUGGUUGAGCAUUUCAGGAGGGGCAGAGUUAAACAUGUAGAGUGUGGAGAGAACCAUUCAGCAUUGAUUACUGACAGUGGCCUUUUGUACACCUUUGGUGAUGGUAGGCAUGGAAAACUGGGGCUUGGAGAAGAAAACUUUACCAACCAGUUUAGACCGACCCUGUGUACGAGAUUCCUCGACUACCAUGUACAUUCUGUUACUUGUGGUGGAUGUCACAUGCUUGUUUUGGCAAAGCCCAGGGCUGAAAGGUCGGAGGAUUUGAUUUUGGAGGAAGAUGACAUCACAGAAGACUACUUUGAGAAGUCCUGUACUGAACUACUGGGGGACACGCACAUUCAGACCACCCUAAACAGGAGUCUCUCGGCUCGGGUCAGACGCAGAGAACGGGAGCGUUCACCAGAUCAGUUUGGACAGAUGUUUCGAACACUCCCAGCUCUCGGUGGGAAUCAGCUGAAUGCAGCAUCUCUAUCUGUUCCCAGCCAGAUCCAUCACUCCAACAGUAAACAACCUGGAAAGAUCCCUCACAACAGCCUCAAAAUUCCUGGAAAGAGAGAGAAAUCUCUCGAUGACAGAAGCAGUGUGGAGGAUACUGAAAGUGUAAAAGACCUUGGAGAAACCACUGACUUAUUAAACCUGACUCACAUAAUUAAGAUGGACCCUAGCGAUAAGACCCUCACAUUGUCUCCUAUGGAGAAGAAGAAGGUUAAGGUUGUGAAAGAGCACGGUAAGGAGAAGGGAAGGCAUAGUGACCCUGCCUCUUAUAGUAAGAGGGCGGAGCUUUCAGCUCGCAAAGCUCUUCCCACUGAGUUACUCAGAAGCUCAAGUGGUAGCUCAGUAGUCGGGGACAGUCUUGGGUCAGGGACGCCCCACAAGAGCCCUAAGAGACAUGGUCAUGAUAAGGAAAAUGUACUUAUCGCUUUGGAGAACAGAAAGCCUGCAUAUCACCAAGAUGGUGGAAGUAACACCAGAUUGGGGAUGGACUUAAGCAGAGCUGGAUCCAAAUCCUACCUGCCCAAACACAAAGAAGUGAUGAAGUCAAAGGAUAAAGUUAAAAAAGAAUCAACAGGAAAAGCCCAACCAAAUCAAGAGGCUGAAAGGGAGAAGCUUGCUCAAAAAUCAAAAGCAAGUACAAAACCAAACCAAGAGGGAGCAGGUAAAGCAAAACCUAAAGAUCGUCCAUUGGAAGUCAGAAGCCAGCCUCAACAAGUUGUGGGGAAAGAAAAGGAAGUAAAAAUGAAACCCAUAAUUGUUGUUGAACAUCAUCUCGAACAGACCACUCACAAGGACCAAGACCCAACAGGUAAGAAGAUCUCAAAAGAGGUUUUACCAAAAGCUCAGAGGGUGAAAGGUGAAACGAAUGCUGCUAAGACAGAAAACAAAAAUUUGGUCCCACAGAGUAAAAAGUCAGAUUCAAAAAAAGACUCAAAAAGUGGUAAGACAAUACAAGAGAUCUCCACUACUUCACAACAGUCCUCCUGCCAAGAAGAUGUUUCUACAAAGAAGACAAAGAAAUCAAGAGCAGACCAAAGCCAAUUGCUAGAAGAGGACAAGUUGAAAAACACAAAAAAGGGGCCUACCAUUGUCUCUGAAGCUGCCUCCAAAUCUGAAUCGGCUUCAGAGUCUGAGCAAAUUAAGGAAAAUCCGCUCAUCAAGGUUACAUCUUUUCUCCAAGAUGUGGCAAUGGGAAGUUCUGCUUGUUUACUUGGAGAAUCAGCAGUCAGUCAGUUCCUUUCCCAGUCCACACCGCGAAAGAUGCCAAAACCUCUUUCAAAACAAAGAACUCUGUCUGAUGUUUCGUCCCUGAGUGAGUCCGAUGAAGUUUCAAGACAGGAGGAGACUAAAGAAGCCAGGAGGAUGGCCAUCACAAUCAACAAGGAAGGAGGAGAGGAAUCCAAUGAGGAGGAAGAGGAGGAAAGCAAGAGUGUGUUGAACAGAAAGGAUGAGAGUGAGGAGGAAAGUGAGAGCAAGGCCCUUGAAAAGGUAGAAAACGAUGACGAUUCUGAGGUUGACAACGAUACAACGAUCAAAGCUUCUAGUGAGGAUGAGGAAAGUGAGGAAGAGCCGGAGAAAAGUAAAAGUGAGGCAACUGAGGAUGUAGACAGUGAGGCUGAGGAAGAGGAGAGUGAUGGAAUAGAAGAUGAGGAAGAAGAAACAAGUGAGAUAAGUAGAAAAAGUGAAGAGGAGAUUGGAGAAAAACAGAGCGAAGAGGAAGAGACAGUCAGCAAAAGUGAGAAGUCAAAGGAAGAAUCAGAUGAAGAGAAUGAGGAGUCGGAGGAGAAAGAUAGUGAGGAUGAGGAAGAAAAUGAUGUGGAAAGUGACCGUGCAGAGGAAGAUGAAGAUAGUAAAAAGAUUAGUGAAGAAGAGGAGGAAGAUUCAGAAAAACUGGAAAGUGAGACUGAAGAUGAAGGGGAUGAAGACGAUGAAAAGACUAGUGCAGAAGAUGAGGAAGAUUCAGAAAAGCUGGAAAGUGAGACUGAAGAUGAAGAGGGUGAAGAUGGUGAAAAGAGUAGUGAAGAAGAGGAAGAUUCAGAAAAGCAGGAAAGUGAGACUGAAGAUGAUGAUGAUGAAGGGAAGAGUGAGAGUGAAGCAGAGGAGGAGAGUGAGGAAGUUAAAGAGGAUGAGGAAGAGGGCGAAAGCAAUGAAGAGGAAGCAAUGAGUCAGAAUGAUGAGGAAGAGGAAGAAGAAACGAGUGAAGAAGAGAGUGAAAAUGAAGAGGAAGAAGAGCAGGAGAGCAAAGAAGAAGAAGAGCAGGAGAGCGAAGAUGAAGAGGAAGAAGAGCAGGAGAGCAAACAUGAAGAGGAAGAAGAGCAGGAGAGCGAAGACGAAGAAGAAGAAGAAGAGCAGGAGAGCAAAGAUGAAGAGAAAGAAGAAGAAGAAAGUAAUGGUGAGGAGGAAGACAAUGAAGAAGCAGAGGAGGAAGAGUCAGAAGAAAAAGAGGAGACUGAAGAAGCAGAGGAUGAGGAGGGAGAAGAGGAGGACAAACAAGAAGAUAAAGAGGAGAGUGAUGAAGAAGAGGAAGAAGAACAAGAGGAGGAGGAGGAAAAGGAAAAGGCCAAAAGAAAACCUGAAAAAGCCUCUGAAUCCAUCAAACAAAAGUCAAAUGUGAAAACAACAAAACAGCCGACAAAAGCCAAACGGGCCCGAGCACAAAGACACCAGUCAGACGAUGAGUCCCAGGAGCCUCAACAGUUUUGGGAUGAUGUUCUACCUCAAUACCUCAAUUUAAAAUAACCUCCAUCUGCUUUUCCUGAGUGUUAUGUACAUGCCUUUUCAUACAUAGCUUAUAUGUUCUUUCUUGCUUCAUGCUUUUGUGAUAUAUAUUUUCACCCAUGACAUUUUUACUAAAUGUAUUACUUUGUAUUUUUUAUUUUCAAUCUUUUAUUUAUUUAUGUUUUCCUAAGUAAUGAAAUGCCCAUGCAGUAAUGAAGACCUCAUGAUGUGCCUUAGGAUAUAUGUAUCUGACUAACAAAUAUGCUUGAUUUGCCAAUGACUUUAAAUUCUUGCAAAUACAUACUAGGCUCAUUUAAAGAUGCCUUUAAGUCAGAACUCUCUCUAAGUAAAGUAAAAUAAAAUGGCAGCUAAUGAUCUUUAUGACUAGAAGAAAAGAAAAAAAAAGAAAAAAAUAGUCAUUAAGUAGCAUUUAGUUAAAAUUUUGCCCUUGUGCUUAUUCUGUGAACUGAGUAUUUAUUUAUUUUUAUUUUUUUUACAUUUAAUAGCUAAUAAACUUUCUUUUAUUUGUAACUAGUUGCAUCUGUGUUUUAAAUUAAUACCUAUGUGUUGUUUUAUAUUUGUUUUCCCAUUUUUAUUUUAUUUUAUUUAAAUAACAAAAGCACAGGUUAUCCAAACAUAGUGACUUUAAAGAUAAUAUUCUGUAUGCUUUACAUAAAGAAAACUACCUGCAUGAUAAUGUUUACAGGAAUCUAUCAUGCAGUACUAGAGAAUUUCAGCAGCAUAGUAAGCAAAUUUCCAUUUAAAUUGUAAUCAUGCAAACAAAGAAAGCCAUAUGAGAUAUCUCCAAAUUGCAAAGCAGUUGCAAUCAGGCAGAAAUCCGAAAAUCCUUCAUUGGACAGGUGAGGCUGCCCUUUUAUUGCGCCCUCUCUCCCUCUGUAGAGCUGGUAAUUUUCUAGUCCUCCUAAAUAGAUCCCUAGUCAUGUAUUUGUGUUUGUUUAUACAUGUAGUUUGUUAAAUUUAAAAUGAAAAAGACUACCUGACUAACAUUGAACCCUCUCCUGCCUUUCUAGUUCCUUCAACCCUCUUUUUGUGUUUCACAGUCACUCAUUCAGUCACUGAUGUCUUUUCUCACUUUUUGCACAACCACCAUUGAUCU